AAGGGAACUUCAGCUCCAUGUGCUGCUGCUAUAUCCUUGGCAAAUGGGGUCCAUCUUGGAAGGCUGGGCCUUGGGGAGUUCUGGAAAAUCUUGGACCCCAAGAAUGACCCUGGGAGUUUCAAGGGCCUGACCUAUAGCUAGCUGACUGGUUUACUCUUGGGGCCAAGUUCUUUGAGCUGUCCACAUGAGGGAGACAGUGGGACCUGGCUGAGGGAUAUACUAAAGGCUUGAGGGACACUGAGGACCUGAGGGGGGCACUGGAUCUGAGGGAACCCUAAAGGGAUACUUAAGACCUGAGGGAAACUCAGGACCUAAGAGAGGCACAGCAGAAAGACCCAUCUCUCAGUCUGCUCCUAUGGCAGCUGUGUCCUGGCAAAAGGGGAAUCCCUCUAGAACCAGCUACUGGCCAUAGUGCUUCAGGGUGCUGGUAGCUUGCUGGAGAAAGCGACUGUCAUUAAUACUGUCCCAACUUGGAACACAGGGUAUUUUUGAAAGCAUUGUGGGGAAGGCCAGCCUGGGGGUGAGCUCGCUGUCCCUAGGCCAGGCGCCUGGCUGGAGCCCCACUGGGCCUGGUGUGUCAGCAAUCUCAGGAUAGCACGAGGCGGAGGAGAGUGACAAGGUUUUUCCACUGCGGACACUGAGCUCAGAGGGGAGACUGGCCAGGGACUGGGCUCCAUCCAGAUGGUCUUGGCUUGGACACAGCCUGCCAUGUCCUACCUCCUACAUGGAAGUAGAGGAAAGACCCAGACAGGACCCCAGCAGAGCUUCACACACAGGUGGAGGAUGGCAGUGGCUCCUUGUCUAUCCCUGUCCAGAUCGUCCGGUAUGGCUAGCUUGUUUUCUGCAUAGCCAUGGGUGCUGCCUCUGAGUAGCCCAGGUCUGCCAGAAAGGACCUAGGGAAGUAACCGAAGCAGGACUGGGAAGAGGCCAGUGGCCACUCAGUCUCUGGUCAGGACUACUUUAUCUCAGGUCAUGUGACUGUCCCACAGCCCUUCCCUUGUGAGGCCUGGAGGUCACAGCAGUUUUUAUUAUUGUGGAGUUGUUUAUGACAGGGCCUCACUCAGGAGCCCAAUCUGGCCAUGAACUUGUGAUCUUCCUGCCCCAGAGGCCCAAGGGAUGAGUAUAAGUAUGGGCCAUUGCAUGAGGCAUGAUAGUUUUCAGCUACUUUGGAGAACAGAAUGAGCACAUGAGAAGUCAGGUUAGGGGUCAGAAGCCCAGUUUCCUGGGGCUUCAACAGCCACAGCUACCCCCCACCUCUGCCUCUCAACCUCAACAGCCACCCCAGGUUGUGGGAAGUGUCAGUCACCAAACUCCACAUAUACAGUGUAGCCCACUAAACCUAUCUCCUAUCCCAGCCCAGGUUCUAAGAAAGACGUCCCAUUGGCUAGCCUGGGGGCAUGGUCACAGAAGUGUGGCUGUGGAUCUGAGGACGUGGAGUCACCUGAAGGUCCCUGUGGAAACCUCAGUGAGACAAUAACACGCACAGCAUGAGGCUCAGCGGAGUAGACUCAAGAAGCCUCAGUGCCUGUGUCUAGUAGGUCCGCCCCUCUUCUGGACACCCCAGGAAGGAGUCAAUGGAUGCAGGCUGGCAACAGUCCUGUAGGGUGAGCGCAGAGGGGCAGCAGCGGAUGAGCAGGGCUGGAAACCACUGUGCCUGCCUGCAUCCGCCAAGUACCCAUCAUCCAAUUUGAACAGUUCAGCCUGAGCCUCCCUUAUGGCAAAAGGAAUCAUCUAAAUAGUGCCGGAGUUUAAUAGGCUCCCAUCUAAAGGUGCCCUGCGUAGAGGUGGGGAGGGAAGCGUCUUGGAGGAACUCAUGGUUAGGGCAGAAUAUGGAACCCUACUCUGGAUGAGGCCAGGCCUGAUCUCUUAGCUCUCCAGGGACCCUUGCUCCAACUGACCCAAUGUAUCCAGACACCCAUAGUACCACCUCUCCCUCAACAGCCUGGCCCAAGCUGGGAGGCCUUCCUAUGUGCUUUAGUGGAAGCAGCUGGUCAGGAUGAGGACUUAAAAGGGAGAGCCACAAGGCAGAUGCAGCUGUGGAGGUGAGCAGACCGGAAGAGCCAAGGUUCGCCCAGCCUGCUGUUUUUUCAUACCAUGUGGCCCUUCCUGAGCAAUGAUCUCUUCCCGCCCCCUACUGAAGCCUGGCUCCAGAAGGUCUCCUCAGAUCCUGAGGCCCAAGGUUGGGGGGCCUGGGGCAGGGCUGAAAAGACCCCUUUGGGGCCAAGAGCUGAGAGGAGAGCGGAGAGUGAUGAGGAAGCUGAGGAAAAGGGAGACGCAGGCUUCCUGCUGUCCAUGCUGAAGCAAGAAAACCUGGCCAAGUCUCCAGUAUACAACCAGGAGUUGGAGGCCAUCAAGCUGAAGCUGUGGGCCAUGGAGCAUGCUGAGACCCGACUGGAGCCAUCCUAUGUACAAAGAAGGGUCACAGAGGAAGAGGGGGCUGAGGUCAGACAGCUGCUGAGCCCUGAGACCAUAGGCUACUUCUUCCCUGGGACCCCCAAGGAAAAGGUGGAGGCUGACCACAGAUCUGUCUAUGUGGGCAACGUGGAUUAUGGAGGCUCGGCUGCUGAGCUGGAGGCCUACUUCAGCCCCUGUGGGGAGAUUCACCGGGUCACCAUCCUGUGCGACAAGUUCUCUGGACACCCAAAGGGCUAUGCCUAUAUUGAGUUCGCUUCCCAGAGCUCUGUGCAGGCUGCUGUGGAUCUGGAUGAGAGCACCUUCCGAGGGCGGAUCAUCAAGGUACUUCCCAAAAGGACGAACUUCCCAGGAAUCAGCUCCACAGAUCGUGGUGGGCUGCGGACACACUUGGGCAGCAGGGCUCAGCCCUUCCUGCACAGCAGCCUCCAUCGAAGAUUGCGGUUCCGACCCCAUGGACAAAGCCGGUAAGUGGGCCCAAGUGCGAGUCUGAGUCUGGAGAUCUGAGCAGCAAGAUUCCUGGAGCCUGACCAUGAUGCUGGCUAUAGUCAGUCUGCACAGCAUCAUGCUAAGAGAGGACUGUUGUCCCCUCACAUGAACCUUAACUGGCUAGGGCACUUGGGAAGGGGCUGAGUCAGAGCUCAUGGUUCCUACUAGCCUGGACAGCCUCUGUGCAACCUCCCUACCUGGUAGGGAUACUCCUUCCUGGUCACCAGGACUCUGCAGGUGAUAGGCCAUAGAGGGUGGGAUCCACAGCAGGCUCCUCUGGCCUGAAGUACAGGUAAGGCUGUAGCUGAGCCCAUGGGCCACGUGUGGCAAAUUCUAGCCCCAGACCUCCCUCCUCCCCUGGAAUCACUCCCUCAAGAGAGCAGGGAGCCUGAGAAGGUGCCUCCCACAGUCCCUGAGCAGCUUCACAGGCUCCCUGCCCAGGUGUCCUCCAGGCCUAUCCCUCUGAAGGCAACUCAGCUGCCUUUGUCUCCCUCCCUCUCUGCAGGGGCCGUGGACGCGUCUCACCAUGGUUCUCACCAUAUUGAAAAGAUGGCCCAGUUUUCAAAGUGGGGCCAGGAGCUGGGUCAGAAGUAAACAGCGGUCUUCCCACUUACUCCAAACUGGUCUUCAAGCC